GGAGCAUAAUAUCGACGUUUUAGGCGCAUCAUAGUUCGUCGCUUGCGAGACGUCUGUAAAAGCUAUAAAAGGGCUUUCUCGCCUUUCUUCAGUUCUUUUCUUCAUUCAUCUUUCCCUUUUACCAAUCAACUGCCACCACUUUCUCACGCUACAAACACCCUUUUCUUUUCCCACACCAACACCCACACAAAACUUUUUUUCAAAAUGGAGAGGAUCGUUUACAAGGCUCCCAACAACCCCGGCCAGAAAAUGCCCGAUGUCUUUAUCGUGACUGAACCCGGUAUGGCCGUCAAGUACCGCGCCCAGAAGGCUCCUAUCGGCUACUCCAAGAAGAGUAACGACGAGAACCAGUCUUCUCUCGCUCUUGUCGAUGUUGUCCAAUCGUUCGAUAUCUUCCAGACGGCGACAGGAAAGGGCUUUGAGGGCCCCGUUGCGCGCCCUGCAAAGUCAGAUCUCGAUGCCAUCUUUGGUACAGAGAACGAGCAGGAGAUUAUCGAGAAGAUCAUCCUUGAGGGUGAGCUCCAGGGAGCCCGUACUGCCUAAGACGUCUCAUCCAACAACCAAGACUCAAGGCUGAAGCUGUACGUUCGCUAUAAUGAGAAGGAGGGACGAUCGAUGAUUUGCGUAUCGCAUAAACUAGGCAUUGCUAGUGAUGAUGAUGGUUCCCCGACCCAAGCAUAGCAGUGAUCCAUUGUACAUAAUAAAACCCGUAUUUCCCUGUAUUACCUUGGUACCCAUUACUUUUCUAAAUAAAUAAGAAGAAAGAGAGAGA